GAGAGAGAGAGAGGAAGUUUGUCUUCCUCUCUCAUCACCGAAGGAUCUCACUCUUCACCCCUUCAACAACCAAGUGAUCAAACAUGACGGAAAUGUAAAAGGAAGAUGCUGAGUCCAUCCAGUCCAGCCCAGAAGAACCUCGCCGAAGAGGACAGCUCUGGAUCUGACACCGGGUCAGAGUUUGGUCUGGAACCUGAGACAGACCGGUUUGGCUUCAUUGUGACCAAUGGAUCCAAAGCUGGUGUCGGCAGUGUGGGUCCACCCCCUGAGUUGGUCAGGCAGAGGGAGGCGAAAUGGAUAAACAUCAUUGCCCAAUGGGAUCGCAUCCUGUUGAAGAAGACCAGUAAGGUCAAAGUGCAGUGUCAGAAAGGCAUCCCAGCCUCACUGAGAGCUAAGUGCUGGCCUCUGCUGUGUGGAGCCACGGACAGGAUGAAACAGAACAAAGAUCUGUACCAGGCUCUGAACUCGCAGUCUGCUCUGCAGAGCUGGGUGGAUGUGAUCGAGAGAGACCUGGACCGACAGUUUCCUUUCCAUGAAAUGUUCCUUUCCAAGGAUGGACAUGGGCAGCGUGGUUUGUUCCGGGUGUUGAAAGCCUACACUCAGUACCAACCAGAAGAGGGUUACUGCCAGGCGCAGGGGCCUGUGGCUGCAGUGCUGCUGAUGAACAUGCCAGCCGAGGAGGCCUUCUGGUGUCUGGUGCAGAUCAGUGAGCAGUACCUGCCCGGAUACUACAGCCCCCUGCUGGAGGGCGUCCUGUUUGAUGCGGCCAUGCUGACCUGGGUCUUGAAAAGGGCGUGUCCAGCUGCACACAAACACCUGCAGCACCACGGAGUGGAGCCCCUCAUGUUCGCCACUGACUGGCUGAUGUGUCUGUUCACACGUCACCUGCCCUUCAACACACUGCUGCGAGUCUGGGACCUCUUUUUCUGCUAUGGGGUGCGGGUGCUGCUCCAGGUGGCAGUGGUGCUGGUGCGUCGGGUGCUGGGCCGGGCUGAGCAGAGGAAGCAGUGUCAGGGACAGAUGGAGACUCUGGAGAGGCUGAGGGGUGUCAGGGAGCAGGUCCAACAUGAAGACGACGCCUUCAUCGCAGAGGUGUGUUCGGUGCCACUGUCAGCCAGAGAUCUGGAGAAGCAGACGGAGAAGGAGUUAGAAAAGUGGAGGAAAGACAGACCUUCAUCCACCUUUGACCCCAGAGGCCGUUGCCAGGGAUACCAGAUGGCGUGGACAAAGGCUCGGCAGAACGAGGAAGAACAAGACAGGAAAGAGAGAGAGAAAGGAAACCUGUCUGUCCCUCUUGCUCGCUCGGCCUCCACCCUCUCGCUGUCCCCCUCCAUCCUUCAAAAGAAGUGGGGAAAAGGGGGGAAGGCUAACGCAGACGAGUGGGAAGGUGGCGGCAGAGUUGUAAGGCAUCUCUCAAUGGGAACAAAGGAGAACUGGAAAAGCUGGACGGAGUUAAAUUUGAAGAUGGUGCAGGGCGUUCAGGAGGAGGACGUAGUUUCAGAGGAACAUAAAAAACAGAGCGAGCCGAAACUAACAGGAAACACUGAACAGAAGGAAUCUGAAAAGACGGACAACAUCCAAAACAUACCAACAGAGCAGGAAGAUGAAGCAGUUAGAGUAAAAGAACAGACUGAACAUGUAGAAACACGAAUCACUGAAAAGGAGGAAAGCCAACUCAAAGAGCCGAAAAGCAAAAUGCUUACAGAACAGACAGAAGAAACAUAUGUGGAGACAGAACCAACAAGAGACUCAGAAAUUCUUCGACAGAGAGAGGAGCCAGACUCUUACAGCCAGUCACAAGACCUGGAGCAACAGAGUCGCAAAAGCAAAGACCAGGGCAUCGAGGUCCAAGACACAAAUAAAGAUACAGAAAACAAAGAGGCACAAAGUGAACACACAGCUGCUGUGGAGGAAAAUCACACUGAGACACAGACAGAUACUGAUGCAGACACAAACACUGAGGUGGAGACGGAGGUAAACGUAGACCCAUGUGAGGAAGACAUGAUUCAGGCUGACAUGAAACCAGAGGAGUGCACAGAAAUUGACAAUGUGCAGCAGACGCAGGUGGACACAAUAACAGAAGGUUCAGAAACAGGAACUCAGACAAGUCCAAGCUCGGAGACGGAAGGCGAGGGCAAGGCCCCAACUGUCGAAGGUCCUACAGUGGAGACAGAGACGCAACAGCAACAGCAACAGCAGGAAGUGAUCACAGACAACAGCUCAAAGAGGGAUGCAUUUGAAGGAAAAUACCACAGCACUGAGUCAUUAACAGAAACAGACCUUAAACAAAAAUCCCACACCCAAACAGAGACACAAACUCAUGUACCGGCUCAGACUCAGGAAAAGGUAGAGGAAAACACAGCCACAGGGGAAGAAUCUGAGGCUGAAAUAGCACAAAAAGACUCAGAACAACACAAAACAGAAGCAGAGACAUUAAUACUGUGUUCACCUGAAUUCAUACAACCAAAAGAAGGCACUGACUUAGUGGCCGAUGCAGGAGCUGAAGCAGAAAUACUAGUUUUAAAUGACAUUGUGAUGGAGUCAAGUGAAGCAUUUUCUCAGUGUUCAGAAGAAGAGUGCAGUGCAGUAGAAACUGAAUUCACACAGGAAAGAGAAGAAAGAUCGCUGACUGAUGAUGAUCAAACACAAGCAGAGGAAACACCAGCAGAAACUCAGAUUAACGAGGAGACUACUGACUCCACAGCACCUCCACAGAAGGAGGUGACUUCAGCACAGGAGGGAGAAGUGAAUCCCAUGGCUGAGCCUGAUGGGAAGAUGAGUCCAGUAGACACGAGCACCACUGAGGAACCCGCACCUGAACAACCAAAGGUCCAAGCCACAGUGGGUGCUAUGGAGGAGGAUCAAAGCACAACGAAUGUUCAAGAAAACACAGCAGGGGAAGAUGACGUCUUCAUUUCGACUGAACCAACAGACUCAAAUACUGACAGUAACCCGCAAGUGCAAGACAAAGAGUCCCACCCAAUAAAAGACCAGACUGAGAUGAAUAACAGCGGCCUGACACAAGCCCCUGGGCAUCGCGGUAGCCGGUCUUCUGGGGAUUUCUGCAUCCGCAAGUCAUCCAGCUCCCGUGGGUCCAGGUUAGGGCGCAGGCUCUCUGAAGAUCUCUUCACCAUGCCACAGAAAACUAGCCUUUCACAGUCUAUCCCUAAUCAGACAGAAGUUAAACACACUGAAUCACAGUCCAGUCUGGGAGCUGGGAACCCAACCCAAAGUCAUCCUAACGUGACUUCAGAAGUCACCUUGUCGCUGUCUGCAGAAGCGACUGAAGGGCCGCAGGUACAGCAGGCGCCGCCCGACCCCCCUAAACGUUUUGGUCUCUUCCGCAGACUGAGAGGAGAGCAGCCCAAAAAGGCCAAAGCAAAGGGGACGCCCAAAAUGCAAGUCCCCAAAAUCUUGAUUCAGGACUUCAGUGAUGGAACAGGAACAGAGAAACCAGCCGAGGAAGAGGGGGAGGAGAAACUGAGUUCCAGGGAAAGGAGGAGGAGGCGACGGGAGCGAGAGAGACUGGAGAAAGAGGAGGAGAGGUUGAGAAAGAAGAGAGAGAAGGAGCUGGAGAAGGAGAGGAGGAAACCGCAGACGAGGGGGAAAAGUUUCCAGGUCCAAAAAGAGAAAGGGAGCAGUGAUGAGCCUGCAAAGACUGGAUCAAAGACACUUAGAUACUCUACUUCUUAUGCCGAAUCUUACUUUUGACAAAAAAAAAAACUUUAUUCUUGGAUCUGGAGGGAUGAGGAGGUGUUUUACUGAGUGC